ACCAACAAUCAUAGAUUAGUCAUUGUUGGUUGCAGUUUAGGAGAGCAGACAGUCAGAGGUGGUAGAUGGAGUGAACCGUGGUCGGAUGUGGCAGAAACAUUACUGGUUUAAAAAAACUGGUGACUGAAUACAUUGGAUACAUUUGGAAAUUGAAGAGAUGAAACUACAGGCGAUACUUUGCCUCUUGCUGCAGCUCAUUUUUGAGCUUUCUUCAUGCACACAUGUCCGGGUGAUACCUGGUUCCACUCUGGAGCUACCCUGUUUCUCAUUUCAGACUGAGUUCAAUGGAGCUGCCAUCACCUGGACAUUCAAUGGUAAUGUUCUAAGUGCUCAGUCGACUGGCUCGGCUAGAGUUAAAAAGGAUGGCUUGUAUCUCUCUAUAUCUCCUGUAACUGCUGCCAACGAAGGCGAGUACCUGUGUUUGUUAAAGGAGAACAAUAUGGAGGUAAUCAGGACAUACAACAUUACAGUUGAUGCAAUGAUUGGCUAUACCAUUAAGGUAAUCGAAGGCUCCACCCUUCACCUCCCGUGCCAUUUCCCACCUUACAGCCAAGUCAGGGCCAAUGCACUUUGGUUCAAAGGGAUGGGUGUUGGCAAGAAGACACGGCUGAAUCCUGGAGAUGAUUCAGCAGGUGAUAAUGACAGAGUGGAACUGCUAUAUCCACUUGACCAUGAUCAGACCAUCAUAAUCAGAGACACCAUCAUGGAGGAUGCUGGAAUUUACGAUUGUGAAUCUGCUGAGGGGGAGAAGCUGAGCACUGUAUACAUUAUUGUUGAAGUUGCUCCCACCCCUGUUCCUCCCUCAUGCGACGGCUUCAUCACAGCAUGGGAGCCCUGCCAGGACGAGAACAGUCGCACAGGGGAACCCAUGUUGCAGGAAUCCAUGGCAGAGUUUUCCAUGAAGCUGUUUUCUUACCUCAGAGAAUCAAAUCCCUCUAGCAACUUGCUCUUCUCUCCCAUCAGUAUCAGCGGUGCACUGUCCCAUUUGUUGUUAGGUGCAAGGGGGGCCACCCGCAGAGCAAUUGAGACGGCUGUCUGUGUGCCUCAUGACUUCCACUGUGUUCACUUCCAGAUGAAGAAGCUGAGAGAGAAGUUGGCCAGCUCCUUGAAGAUGGCUUCUCAGAUCUACUAUAACCCACAAAUGAAUCUGAGUGAGUCCUUUAUUAACCAGUCCAUUCAGUUCUAUGAAGCAGAACCCACCAGGCUGCUGGAAACCAGUGCGGAAAGCACUCAGAUGAUCAACAGCUGGGUGGCAAAUAAAACCAACAAUAAUAUCAAACACUUGGUUGACUCUGUAUCACCCAGUACACAGAUGAUCCUGCUCAACGCUGUCUCCUUUAGUGGUCAGUGGAAGGUCAAGUUUGAUCAGAAACCCAAGAAAGGACUUUUCACAAAACUGGAUGGUGAUCUGGUAAAUGUGCCGCUCCUCUAUCACCAGAAAUACAAGGCUGUUAUGACCUACGUGAUCGAGCUAAAGGCACAGGUGGCGAGGUUUGCUCUCACAGGUGACAGCAGUCUUUACAUCCUGCUGCCUCGCUCCAACACAGUGGCUAGCCUGCAGCAGGUGGAGGGGAAGAUGACGGACAUAGCUGUGCGUCAAAUGAUAGAACAAAUGAAAACAAGGUCUUCUCAGCAUGUCGAGGUCACUCUGCCCCAAAUCAAGCUGGAUUUCCAGCCAGACAUGAACAUACUUAUCAAGAAAUUAGGACUGUCAUCACUCUUUGAGGGUGCUGACCUGUGUGGCCUCUACUCUGAAGAGAAGGUGGUUCUGGACGAUGCCAGACACAGAGCCUUCCUCGCACUGACCGAGCAAGGAGUUGAGGCCGGAGCCGUCACCACUAUGUCGUUCUCUCGCUCCUUCCCUUCCUUCUCUGCCAUGCGGCCUUUCAUCAUGCUGCUGUGGAGUGACCAGGCAAAUGUGCCACUCUUUAUUGGCAGAGUGACUGACCCAUGAGGGGGGGGAUGACAGACACAGUAAAGAGAGAGUGAGUGGAAAUGUAACAGAGGCAAACGGGCAGGAAAGAAACAAAGAUAUGGUAAACAAGGGAUGUCUGAUAGAAUCGAAAUGCAAGUCAUUUAAUUAUCUUACUACGCCUUUUCUGAAUAUUGUGCUGCUUUUUCGGUAUUGGUGUUGCUUUACGUAGUUACUAAAGUGAGCAGCGACACUCACAAAAACAGAUAUACAGGCCUGGAUGUGUGCUGUUUUCAAAGAUGAUGAUGAAUAAACACGUAUUAACACAACACA